AAAAGCAAAUUCAAAGUCUCCGUAAGAAAGUAUGACGGUGACAAUGAUCACAGGACUUCCACCCACAGGACAGGAGUUUCUGACCUGUCUAGCACAACAAUAUUUCAACUUUUUGAGUUCCUGUGUGGUUAGGGACCAAAACUGUGGUUAGGUAUAUUAAAUGAUAUGGUUUGGUUCAAAAUACACAAAAUACAUGGUAAACUUUCACCUUCUGCUGCAACUUUUUCAUCUUUACUUAGUCUUUACUACAGUUACAAUAGUUAUAAAGCAAGAAGGGAUUUAACUGUAAUGUAAUCUAUUUUAGAUGUGAAGACCCUUAUGUUAAAGAGUUGCACUGAAGCACUGCCCAGUGAAAUAAAAUGUGAUGCCAAUGGAUCCUGACUAACUACAAUAUGCAAUGAGUUGAAAGCAACCUUAUAUUUCUGGUUUGAGCUAGCUAGCUAAGGAUGUUAAUUUAUUGAUUAGCUUAGAAAUCCCAUAUUUAACUUAACAUAAAAGUGCAGCAGUACCUCAGGCCCUUGUACUGGUUAGUCCAGUUUGCUAGAGAACAACUCACACUCUCAGUUUGAAACAGACAGCUGUGAUCUCCUUCAGUGACCCUACUCUGUCUGGAAAUGCUGAAUAAAAAUGUGCAAGUUUUUCCAUUACUGCAGCUGCCACUCAUCAUGAAGCUAUACCCCAAUUUUAGAGCACCAAGUUACUAAUUAAAAACAAACUGAGAGGAAAAAUGACCCCUUGAACCCAAAUCAAUGUGAUGACUGAUGUAAAUGCCAGUAGGCAUCUUUAAAAGGGGCAGGGUUUAUGACCUUUACUGCAGCCAGUCACCAGGGGGCGAUAGACAUUUUGGGCGAGCUGUCAGGUUGCGCAUGGUUUCUACAGACAAUGGUUUCAAGAGAAUACUCUGAGCCCAGUUUUUACUCAUUCUUGAGAACAGCCUAAUCUCAUGUGAACAGCCUGAUCCGCCCAUAAUUUAAACAUUCCACAACUACCAGCGGAAUACUAGAACUUUACGACCACAUCGGCUAAACAUUCCAGAGCGGCUGCAUCAUUUUCUGACCUCAGUCAGUUCCUGAAAAGCCUCACUGGAACCUGCUUCACCCAAGCAAUCCAAAGACUCACCUCCAGUAAACAGCGCAGACUGUUAUCAGUGUACCGGAGGUUUCUGGUACAUCAGAGGUUAAAGUUAUACCCCAGCUGAGAUGGAGGCAGGAAGUGAAGCAGGAAGACCAGUGCUCGAGGGGGAAGAGAACAAUGGCAUCUUGUGAUUAACAGCAGAAAUUAUGUAAAUAUUUGCUUCCUUGACACAAAAAUAAGUUUUGCAUUAUUUUAUGAUAUGAAACUCUGGGGUUUACAUGCUGGAGUUUUAAAAAAUGAUGUAACCUGACUCUGGUUUGGAAACAUAACUGGAUUUGUAGCUCUAUUACUCACUUAUUAAAAGUCAAAGGAGAUAUUUAGAUAAAGACGGAGUGCAUGCGUGUGUCCAUGUGGAUACAUUUGAGGUUUUCCUGCAGUAAAUCGAAACACUUCCUUAACCUGUUUUUCUGUUACAGUCUUGCAAGUGUCACAAGUUUGGACAUAUCCAUUAGGUCUGCUCUUAAUGGUAUUUAAAGGCUUGUGAGCUUGUAGAUAAAGCUUGCCCUGAAUCAAAUGAAUUCGAAAGUACAAACAGGCCACCAAUCUGUGCCUAAUUAAAUGUCACAAUUAACUCUGCCUGCUAUCUCUUUUUCACACAAAUGGAUUUUGUAUGUCAAUACUCAGGGGAAGUGGAGUGGAAGUGCAUCAGGAUUGAUUCAUCCUGAAGCUAUACAAUGACGACCCCAAGAUGCACGUGCACGCUCGUGGAAAUAAGGCGAUGUGAUUUGUUUGGAACACAUUGCACCUCAGUACGGGGGCUCGUGGCCUGCAGGCUGCCUCAGUGCCAGGUGCUGUGUUCUCCCCUGCAGGCUGAAUCACCGAACCUCACGGCGUCCAACCUGUCAGCACACACACUUGUCACGGUGAUUAACAGCCCGCUGACUCACCCAGCAUCCUCAUAAACUAGGCUUCAGGUCCAUGUGCGCAUAAGGGAGAAGAAAGUGAUAAAGAAUGACAGAAGAGUGGGAUGCCGCAAGGAUACUGGUGUGUUUUUCACCAGAUUGGAGGUCCAGGGCGAGGUCGAGUGCCAGCCAGAGGACUUACAUUGCAGGGAUUAAUUCUUAAUGUCCACUUUGACAGAAAACUAUCAGUAGGCUCAGAUCACAUGACAAGGCCACGGAUCAUCCUAAUUGGUUUCUUUAUCAGUGGGGCCAGACUGGAGCUGCUGUGCCUUUAAAUCAUUCAUAAAUCAAUCCCAAGACCUUUGAGGAGUAAUUCAUCUAACCGGUGUCAUGUCUAUCACAUUAUCCAUGUGACUGUGUUUCCACUAGGUGUAAACAAGAACUUUGGCAAAACACAGGUCAUGUUAAAGGUGGCAAAUUCACAAAGGGUAAGAAUAUCCUGCACUGGAAACUUCUAUUAGUGUGAAAGGACCGAGCAGCAUAGAAACGUAUUUUUUCUGAUAAUUUUACACUCAUAUGCAAUCAGUCUCUCACAAUGUAAUGUAUUCUACAAGUACAUUACCAGCGAUAACUCAAAUACGCUUCACAUGCACCAUUAAUAAAGUCUGUUUGAUCAUUUGAAGAAUAUUUGCAUAGAUUUGUAGGGUUUCCAUACGGAACGGAGGCUCAGAUGGGUUAUUUCAACCAUUUUAUGUAAAACACUAAAUCAGACACAUGCUAUUAGUCACAGCAGAGGAGUUUUCUAUAUUUUCAAACAGAUCUGGAGAGGAUUCAUUCUGACGUCAGUUUUACUGGCAAAAAAAAGAAAAGAUUAAUCCCAUCAAUCUAACAGCUCAACCCUAAUUUCUACCUUGACAGGGUUAAUCAUUUGAAUAUACAGUGCAUUAAUUAUUGAAGUUAGUGCCGCUGUGGUGCUGGUCUGGAUUAUAUACUGUAUACAGUAUAUAUACAAAACUCACAUUGUAAUCUUCCUAUGACGAUUGAUGAUGAAUAUUGACUGAUGAAUAUGUGGCAGAUCUGCUGCAUAUUGUGCAUUAAACUGCAUCAGUAUAUUGUUGUUAUGCUUAUAUUUAGAAUAAAGCCCCCUUAUCGUCCUGUCAAAAUUAUGUUUUAUGUAGAUUUUCCUACUGUGGAUUGUUGCUCUCUGUCAUGGGUUUCACAUAUUUAUCUGCUGAAGGAGGAAAGUUUAUCUGAGCUCACCAUAAAAUUUGUUUACAAGCAUAUUUGUCACAUAGACAUAUAAAUGAUCAAAAACACUAUGUUGAUAUCAUAAAAAUGAUACAUUUUAAGGAAAAAAAUCUUUAUCAUUUAAUGUGACACCGAAAUGGGUUCUCAAGUUGCUGCAACUGUGAGUACGACUUCAAAAGGGACAAAAUCCCUCGAAUUAGCUGAUUUGCCAUGAGAAAGCACUUGGUGACACUGGGGAGCAAGAACUCCUUUGUAACGGGAAGAGAUCUCCAACAGAAGCAGGCUCAGGGAAGGACACUAAUCUACUGGAUGUGGUUGGAUGAUUAGGAGGAAGUCCUGAUGAUUUUGAGUCAUGUGACCACUCUCAUGCUCAAUAGCCGGUUGACAACAUCUCCAAUGAAUAAGGGAAAGUCUGAAGGAUUUUAACUAUUUAUGUUUUAAAAAAGGCUUCAUCAAACAUUUGUGCCCUGCAGCCUGUUUGUAACUUGAUGACCCAUGGCCUAGUUUUCCUGGGCCAGAAUUUCCAUUAGAUAAAGGAGCCCAGAAUAAGAGGAAAACUUUUCUUUAUUUCCUUUUGGGACUGUGUUAUGCUUGAUAUUAAUUAUGAUUAAAUAUUGAUAAAGAUAUUGUUGAGAGUAAAAAAAAAAGAGCCAGCAGAUCUCACUGGUAGACCAAGGAGGCCCACUUUUUAGGAUUAUAAAUUAAUAAGAGUGGGAGUAUUUGAUAUGCCUCCCAGCCCCUCCCUCUGUGUAAAAAUGUGGGCGGGGCGUAGUUACACGCUGUGUGUCCACUGCUCGCCGGUUUUAGGAAGAUUAUCGCGGCGGGCUGGUUAGGAGAGGGGACCACACCGUUACUUGUAGCCGUUGGUCGGCCUCCAGCAGCAGCAUCAAGUGGACGAGGGAACCCCGAUGGCAUGUGGUUCACAGACGGUGUUAACGGUUAAUUUUCACACGGAGAGAAACGGCACAGGGGAGCCAGUGUGAGCCCGAAGAUUAUGUCCGGAGCUGGCUCUGCUGCUGGGGAGAAAAGUUUGGAAGUAGGGAUACGCUCAAAUCAGCGGCGGUAAAAUGGCGGAGCGCAGCGGCUGCGAUGUCCUCAGCAUCCCGGUGCCCAUUCGCCGCGGCGGCUCAGAGUCCAACCUAGACGUGGUUGACGGUGUUGGGCACGACGGCGUGGGUCUGGAUUUCACCAAAGGACCGCUGGGAAUCGACAGCCUGCAGCAGAAGAUCCUCAAGGUGACGGAGCAGAUUAAGGUGGAGCAGACGGCUCGGGACCAGAACGUGGCCGAGUACCUGAAGCUUAUGAACAAUGCCGACAAGCAGCAGGUGUCGCGGAUACGGCAGGUGUUUGAAAAGAAGAACCAGAAGUCUGCGCAGACCAUCGGUCGGCUGCAGAGGAAGCUGGAGCAGUACCACCGCCGCAUGAAGGACAGCGAGACCAAUGGGAAGCACAACCAGAAAGACAGCGGCGGCAAGGAGUCCGGGACUCACAGCAAGGAGGGCAGCCUGCGGGACGUCAGCACCACCGGGCGCCACCAGGCACUGGAUAAGGUGAAGACGAUCGGGCCCGGCGUGUCGCUCUCACCUCCAUUUUUCUUCAGUAAGCCGCGGGAGUUCGCUAACCUCAUCAGGAACAAGUUUGGCAGCGCUGACAACAUUGCUCACCUGAAAAGCUCUAUGGAAACGGGGUCAGGGCUGCAGGUGGAGGGCGGCGCGAGGGGUCUGAGUGGCAGCGCUACCACAGUAGCCAAGGCGACCAAGUACCAGAGCGACGAUGAGUGUUCCACCGGGACGUCUGCAUCCGCUGACUCCAACGGGAACCCGGCAGGAGGAUCGGGGGCGGAGUCAGGGGGGCCAGGGAGGUCUGACUCCAGCGGGCGCCUAGUGGAGGUGCUGGACAUGGUGCGGGACAUCAGGGAUGCUCAAACGCAGCUGGCAGAGGACAUGGAGACUCUGAACACACAGUUUAAACGAGACUACAACUACUUCACGCAGGUGAUGCAGGAGGAGCGAUACAGGUAUGAGCGGUUGGAGGACCAGCUGAAUGACCUGACGGAGCUGCACCAGCACGAGACCAGCAAUCUGAAGCAGGAGCUGGCCAGCAUCGAGGAGAAGGUGGCCUACCAGGCCUAUGAGAGGGCCAGGGACAUACAGGAGGUGCUGGAGUCGUGCCAGACUCGCGUGUCGAAGCUCGAGCUCCAGCAGCAGCAGCAGCAGCAAACCAUCCAGCUGGAAAACACGGACGCCAAAGUGCUGCUGGGCAAGUGCAUCAACAUCAUGCUGGCCAUCGUCACCGUCAUCCUGGUGUGCGUGUCCACUGCGGCCAAGUUCACCGCCCCGCUGCUGCGCAGUCGCCUCCACUUGGCGCUCACCUGCGUGGGCGUGUCCCUGCUAGCGCUGCUGUGGAAGAACUGGGAACAUUUGCAGUGCGCUUUGGAACGAUUGCUCCUCCCGCACUGAGACCAGUGUGGGGAGGAAAUCAACAUGUAGCCUUACAUGAGCCAAUGAUUCUGGGCUCCACGGUGACUCGGUUUAAGGCUCUGAGCCUCACCAAGAACACGUAAACGGACAUACCGUAAACGCUCAAGACCUGAACCGGAACUCUCUGAAGGUGCACACAUGAAAACGUGGCUGCUCUGCUGCAGAUCUGCAGGGCCAACAAAAGAUAAAUCGGCUCAGCUGCUUUCAUCUGGUCACCAGGAGACUCUGGUGGCACCGGCAUCACACACACACUGAAGUCUAAAUAUAAAUGAGCGGGAUUACAUCAGGGCAUGGAAUAACACGUUAUUUUUUUCCUGUCCUUUAAAGGGAUGUGUUUCUGUUAGAGCACCACCUCCACACAAACUGUCAGUUAUGAGUCCAGUGGACCUGAUUUGAAUGUGCACACCAAGCUCGCUGUGACAAACACAAACACACAUCCACCUGAAGGUUCAUUCGCACCGCGCCUCUGUCUCUCUCUCGCUGCUGUUCUGUAUUUAUGUGAGGUUUUUUUAAAUUCAGCAUCUUCUUCAAAGCGACAGUUUGAAGUCUGGGAUUGCACAUUGUUUUAAGCUGUUUUCUAUCAGUGUGUAAAUCUGUGUAUUCGUGUGCGUUGUGCACUUACUCGUGUGUCUCUGUAAUGUAGUUCUUCAAGGAACAGUUAAACAUUUUGGAAAAUAGGCUCAAAUCUGGAUGGUAGAUGUGCAGCUAGAGCCGGGAGAGAUCAUUAAUGGACGUGCUGUGAAAGAUAUCUGCUGUAAGAAAAUAAAACCUUUAAGCUACAGCUGCAGUGAAAAGUGAUGCCCAAACCUGCUUUUAUCGCCCUCCUUCAUUUUUAUUGCCCAAAUCUGACCUCACAGUAACUAAAUGAUUAUAAAUUUGAAAAAAUACUCCUAAUUAUGCGUUAAUUUAAUGAAUUAGCUUCAUGAUUCUGCUCACCUCAACUGCUUGAUUUUUUUUUUCCCCUGAUCCAUAAUUAUUAUUGUUCAGUCUUCUGGUGUAUCUUUGAAUCCUCACAAUAAUCCUUAUUUAUCUCAAAGUCGAUCCUCGAUGCGGCCCCUUGGUCACGGUGCUUUGAGAACACAGCAGCCGCUGCUCAGGAAACGACUUCAUGCAGUUAUUUUAAAGCCCUUCUUUAAACCUACCAGGAGACUUUUGUCCAAAAUGAGCUUAAAAUGUUCACAUUCCUGCAAGUUAUGUUUUUAUUGGUGUUUUGGUCAAGAGCUCCGACCCUCCCAAUCAGCGUUUCCUGCCAGAGCGCUGAACGGAUUUCCUCACAGUUCUUGUUACAAAUGCAGUAAAACGAGAAAAAUUGUUUAAAAUGUGCACACAGCUUCAUUUUUACCAAGAUAAUGAUCAGAUACACCUGUCAUUUACUGGGCAACAAAACGAUGGCCUCUCUAACUCUUUCCCCAUUAAGAUGACAUUCAACGAUCUCCACAUUUCCUGUAAUGACAAGUUUUGACACAUCUGUAAUCAAUAAAGAGGCUGUUAGACAAUACGUUCCUGUACAGCCAGAGACCACUUCAUUAACUUCUGAUAGAUACACAGUCAUUUUAGUCUGAAGUAGCCUGAAAUAUGACAGAAACUCCUCAGUUCAGGUAAAAGAAUCAAGAGUUACUCCUAACAGGCUCCCAGAUGGAAACGGUUAAAACCGGGGGCGGGACAUAGAGAUAGACAGCGUCUCUGCAUUGCUUCAUUCUGUCUGAAACAAGCCGGUUUACCUCCCUGCUGGUUACCGCCAAGUUUCUUUUACCCGUUUGUCGCACUCACCUGCUGGUCACCACGUCUGAUUUGAUUAAUGUGUUCAAAAACACCAGGGACUGGUUACUUGUCUUAUAGUUGGCCAACAUCUCCGUCCUCUGG